UGGGAGAAGCAGGCGAUGGGAGUCACACUUAGUCGCACCUCUCACCCGCUAACACUUUCCAUCAUGAUGCUCAAGGUUCUCGUGUGUGCCUUCCUCGUGGUUGGCGUGAUGAGCGAGGAAAAGAAGGCGUCUUCCGAGAGGGGUAAGCGUGGAUUCUCUGGCGGCCAUGGAGGCGGCUACGGUGGAGGCCAUGGCGGCGGCCACGGAGGUGGCGGUAGCUACCUGGUAGUUGGCGGCGGCGGUGGCGGCGGUCAUGGUCCCAGCGCCGCCGAUGUCGCCAACGAGGCUGCCAACCAGGCCACUGCAGCUGCCGCAGGUCUAGGAGGUGCAGCUCACGCCGCAGCUGCAGGAGCCGCUGCAGGUGCCGCAGCUGCUGCUAAUGCAGCUUCACAGACAGCUCAGGCCGCAGCAGCCAGCAAGCAGUCACAGGCUGCACAGGUGACGCAAGCGGCACAGGGAGCACAGGCCGCAGCCUUCGCUGAAGGCUCUCUCGCCUCUAAGGCCAACAUCGCCUAUCAGGCGGCCAAGAUAACAGCUUCCAUGGCCCAUGGCCUGGCCGCUAACAUCGCCCAAAUUCUCUCGGAGGUCAAGGCUCUGGCCAACCAGGCGGCCAAUAGUUUGGCCGAACAACAGAACUUCCUGGCCGCCCAGAGGACCAUGGCCUGGCAGGCUCAGCAGGCGGCCAACUCCCUCAACCAGCAGCAAUACGUGGCACUCAACGACCUGGAGGAUGCCGCAGGUGCGGCCGCCCAGGCCCAGGCCUCUGCAACCAAGGCCAUCUCCAGGGCCAAGGGCAGCAGCGGCCACGGCCAAGGAUACGGCCGCUAAGAUUUACAUAUACUUAAUUAUCUUAGGUUGAAGGCUAAUGUUACAUAACACAUCUAUGAUGCGAGGUAUUACAUGUUAAAUGGCUUCUGGCGGCAAUAAAAUGUUUCAUAAUUAUAGAAGUGUACAGAAUGCUCUUCUGUGAACUCAACUGAUCUGCCGAUGUAUAGGUUUAAUAAAUUACUUGACAGAA